AUGCUUCCCAAAGUGCAUUACGAUUUUACUGAUGUUGCUGAUGUUUGGCCCUCCACCUCUGCUUUUGACUGGUUUCAGUUCGCCCUCUCACCGUUACAUCUGAAGCUGGUGAAGAGGCUCAGUGGCUCACCAGCUAUCCUGUCUAUGGAAGCACCUAGGCAAUAUUGUAUCCUACUUGGCAGACUCUGUAGAAGGGGAAAAUUAGUUAUAUUUCAUUUUGAAAAUGGGAAGCACCAAAAGAAGAAGGCAAAGGAGGCGAAGAAAUUGGGCAUAAUGAAGAAACCUAAGGCCCUUGAGGCUCACCGCCAACAAGCCAUCGAGGAGCAAGAUGCGAAGAAAGUCGCUCAAAAGGAGAGGGUUCUAGAGCUUCCUAAGAAAAAUAGAAGCAUGCUCUUCAGUGAGAAAAUAAAGAAGUUCAUCAAAGCACACAGUCGACACUUGCGGCUACAAGAGGAAUUGAAGAGGUCACAGGCUCACCUUAAGAAGCUGGGUGAGCAGCUUGGUUCAGAUGCUGUGGGACCUAGUGCUAAUGAAGAUGAUUUAAAUAUUAACAGCAUAAGUGACCGUGAAACUGCUGAUGAGCCUCAAGCAGAUGCUUCAUCACGCAAGAAAAGAACAAGACUUCACUUGGAACCUCAUGAUAUCUCAAAUCGAGAAAAUUCAACUAAAGGAGAUAAAUUGGAAAAACUUUCUCGUUUUCAUGUGCUUCAUCUACAAUCAAGCAAUAGCAAGGAACCCAAGGCAUAUGGUGAUGCAAAUAAUGGGCAUAAGCCAUUAGCAUUCGGAGAAAAGCCAAGAAAGGGAGUAAACGUUCCUUCUGAUACUUCCUUACCUGAUAAGUCCAAGGUAUCUGAAUCUGGCCUACCAUUGCCACCAACUGGCAUGGCUGCUCAUGUUGUUGAAGAAGAUGUGAAAGUUGUUGAAAUGGAGGAAAAGGCCCACGUGGUUAUCGUAGCUGCUGCUGGAGCUGUGCCAGAAGUUACAUUUAAGAUCCUGACCUUACCGUUUCUGCUUCCACCGCUGCCUCUGAUCCCACAGAACGUUUAUGUACAGCAUUUGAAUUCAACUUCAAGGAGCUGCCACGUCAUGGCAAUCAUUCUUGUAAGAUUGGCUGUUAAGAUGAUGCAGGGUAGUGACGACUGA